GUUGCGACUUCCUCGGAUAGAUGGGGUGGGGUGGAGAAGACGGUGGUCUCUCGGGACUUGCAGGGGGUUGACCAAGCCAGGCCUGAAGUAAAUGGGGUGUCGUAGGAGGGGGCUGAGGCUGGGGAUUUUCCUCUCUCCUAGCACAGCUCUCUCCUUGAUCACAGGGAUAAGGAAGAGGCUGAAAAAAUGAGGAACUUUCCCAGCCCACCCCUCAUCCCUUCCUGCGCUUGUAGGAGGAGCUCGAAGGUCCUCCCCUCAAAUUCUCGCUGGGUGAUGCUGACCCACCUGCCCGCUCUCCCGAGUUCGGCCCCGCCCCACCCCACACGUGCCAGAGAGGGAGGGGGAAGGAACCAGCUUAAACGCGGGGUGGGGGGGAGAUGCGGGGGAAAUAGUCAGAACCUCGGAGAGCCAAACUUCUCAGCAGUCCGAGAGCCAAGAGGGGUGAAGAGAAAGAGCGGCAGCCGAAAGCCCUGGUUCUCGGGGGCCUCCCACCCCGCCUCUCCGCAAGGAGGGCGCGGAGACACCGCUGGGGGCGGAGGAGGAGGAGGCCGGGAGGCGGGGAGGGGGGAGGCAAACCCUGCCCACUCGGCUCCGCGCCCAGAACGGCCGCGGAAGUCGGAGGCCGGUGCGCAGGGCGGAGAGGGCACCGGGGGCGGGGGGCUCCGCUCCCCGCCUGACCCCUCUCGCCCCAGCCAGGAAAGUGAAGAGCCAGCGGACGGACCGACUACAAACGCCGGGCGCUCCGAGUCAAGGACUUGCCCCACCCGCCCCCCUCCCCGCCCCCAAGGCGCUCCGAACUCACUGGUGAGCGCGGCGGCCCGGGCGCUGGAUGCGGGGGCAGCCGCGAUGGCCCCGCGCGCGGGACAGCCGGAGCACAGGGGCCCGCUGCUGCCGGGGCUGCUGCUCGUGGUGGCGGCGCUGAGCCAACCUGCCGCGCCCUGUCCCUUCCAGUGCUACUGCUUCGGCGGCCCCAAGCUGAUGUUGCGCUGCGCGUCGGGCGCCGAGCUCCGGCAGCCGCCGCGGGACGUGCCACCCGACGCGCGCAACCUCACCAUCGUGGGCGCCAACCUGACUGUGCUGCGCGCGGCCGCCUUCGCCGGCGGGGACGCGGACGGGGAGGCGGCGGCGGCGGGCGGCGUGCGCCUGCCGCUCCUGACCGCGCUGCGCCUCACGCACAACAACAUCGAGGUGGUGGAGGACGGCGCCUUCGACGGGCUGCCCAGCCUGGCGGCGCUCGACCUGAGCCACAACCCGCUGCGCGCCCUGGGCGGCGGCGCCUUCCGCGGGCUGCCCGCGCUGCGCUCGCUGCAGCUCAACCACGCGCUGGCGCGGGGCGGCCCCGCGCUGCUGGCCGCGCUGGAAGUCGCGCUCGCCCCGCUCGACGAGCUGCGCCUCUUGGGCCUGGCGGGCAACGCGCUGAGCCGCCUGCCGCCCGCCGCGCUGCGCCGGCCGCGCCUGGAGCAGCUGGACGCGCGCCUCAACGCGCUGGCCGGCCUGGGCCCCGACGAGCUGCGCGCGCUCGAGCGCGAUGGAGGCCUCCCCGCGCCGCGCCUGCUGCUCGCCGACAACCCCCUGCGUUGCGGCUGCGCUGCGCGCCCCCUGCUGGCCUGGCUGCGCAACGCCACGGAGCGCGUACCCGACGCGCGCCGCCUGCGCUGCGCCGCCCCGCGGGCGCUGUACGACCGGCCUUUCCUGGACCUGGACGAAGCGAGGCUGCGCUGCGCCGACGGCGACGCUGACGGUCGCGGGGAAGAAGUGGAACUCUCCGGCCCGGAGCUGGAAGCCUCCUACGUCUUCUUCGGGCUGGUUCUGGCGCUCAUCGGCCUCAUCUUCCUAAUGGUGCUCUACCUAAACCGCCGCGGCAUCCAGCGCUGGAUGCGUAACUUGCGCGAGGCGUGCCGGGACCAGAUGGAGGGCUACCACUACCGCUACGAGCAGGACGCCGACCCCCGCCGCGCGCCCGCCCCGGCCGCCCCCGCCGGCUCUCGCGCCACUUCCCCGGGUUCGGGCCUCUGAGCUUCGCCUGUUGGGACUUGGGGGCUGCCCCUGCCAGCAGAUAACCUUACCGAGGCUGCCCGUCCCGAGGCCGUGGGUAUGAGACACCCAUGAGCUUGGGGCUUUGAGAUCUGCCCUGGCGGAUCUGGGACCUUUGGAUAAUGGCACCUCCCCCACCUGGAGGCCCCUAGCUGUACCCCGUCUCCCCAGCUUCUGAGAGCUGUCACCAUCAACGACCCGGAGACACCCUCUUCAGAUUCCAGAAACUCCACUCACCCAUCCCAGGCCCUGGCAGCCCUCCUGAACCACCAGAAGCCCCCCCCCCCCACCCUUUCAGGACUCACCCAGAGACCCUGUCCUUCAACCCGAGGGCCCUGAGACUGCUUCCACCACCCUGUGCUUUGAACCCAGACCUCUCAGCAGGAAACUUCCCCCUAGACUACACUCCAGCUUGCAGCCCUCAGCUCCCUUUCAGGGCUCAGGGGCCCUCACGUCCCAUUCUGGUCUCAGAAGCAGAGCACCCCCACCGGAAGGUUUGUGUGGACUUUGAGCCCUUUUUCUCAUCUCGGAGUUCUUAACUCUCCAUCCUGUAUCCCUGGGCUCUGAGGAUUGGACACCCUCCCUCAAUCUGAGGAUGUAUUUCAUACCACCCACCACCCCAGCUCCAGCUCAGGCCACUCCCUUCCCUGGCCCAGACUUGGGGCUUAGCUCAUGUCUAUCUCUCCCGUCCCAGGGACAGAUAUACCCCUUUAUAGCCUUAGUGCGGAGCCAGUCCUCCGCCUUUCCCACUUUUGGCUCUGAUACUGCAAUACUCAGUCCUUGUCCCCAGUCUCAAACUCUCAACUCUUCACCCCGAUCUGAGUGUCAUCCCCCUGCCCAAGUCUUAGGCUCUCAAUCCCUCCUACAUCCAUUGCUUGCCCUCAGUACCCACACUGCCACUCUCUGGGUCAAGGUCCAGUGAGGAAUCCAUCCCUGGGGUCUACCCACCCCCCUUUCCUCUUAAGAUGAGCUCUCUAGCCCUGCAAAACAGGCACAGGUGCCAAGCAACACCCCCCCCGCCCUGCCCCCCGCCCCCAAAUAUACUAGCAGAUACCCAUGGGAGAUCCUGGAGAAGAGUCCUGGAGGUGCGCAGUAGAUGGUCUGGCCUCAGAACCAGGGUCACCUGACCAUUGUGCCACAGAGAGGGGUGGGGGAGGGGGCUCUGAGGGGCUGGGAGCUGCUGGCCACAUGCUGUUUCCCACCCAUGGGACUCUUCUCCUCUGGGGGUUCCUCGCUGCCACCUCCCAACCCCUGCCUUCCAUAUGCCUUCUGGAAGAGGAAGAUGGUCUCUCCUUCUGCCUCAGGCACAAGCCCUCCUGUCCAGGGUCAGAGCCUCAGUGCCCUGCCUUCUGCAUGAUCCCAAAGCACAAUUGGUGAGUGGGAGGGGGCUGCCUCUCCGUGACUCCCACCCCCUAGGUCAGGCAGAACGGCUGGCCUGUGCUGCCUCUGCACACAGGAAGUCACCCUUCUUUAACAUGUUGGCUUGAGGCCUGCCUUCCCACCCCCACCCUGGAAAUCUGGAUCUCCCUUCGGCAGUUUUCUAUAAAGUCUGCAAUAAUCUCAGAUACUCUGCUCUUGUAAGUGGUGCCAUGUCAUUCCUGCUGACCUUGGGUCAUUAAAGGGGGUGGGAGGAGACACUUAGAGCAUUUUGGACCUUCCUGAGGUGAAGCAGUGACUCUUGUCUUCUCCCGGACGGUGGGAAAAGGAAUGGGCUCUGACUGUACGUGGUAGGCUUGAGGCUAGACACAUGGAGGGACUUCCUGUUGGGAUGGCAUUGCUCUCAAAACCAGUCUGCUUUUUAUGCUGAGAUAGCGGUAUCCACAGCCAGGGUAGGGUCCUACACGUCCUCUACAUCCUCUUAGCCUUUGGUUCCUCAUCAGUGUGGUGAGCUGGGGGGUCACGGGGGAGAUGUUGGACUGACAAACACUAGCAUCAGACGAGACUAUCAGGGAGAAAAUCCAGCUACAGAGAAUCAGAGGCAGUUAAUUCAGACAGAAAAGAAGAGGAAUCAUUAUUUGUGGCUUUGGCCUCAUCCCCUCUGUUGGAUUACCUGAUACUCCCUUAUGUCCUGCAUCACGCCAUGCUCUCCUGGCCAGAGGGGUAAGACCUGCACCUGGAAUAUGUGAGAAACUGAGAGGAGAGGCAGCCUAGCAGUGAGGGGUGUGGAUAAAAUAGCCCCUUGAGAUAUGUGGAACAAGGAGACAGGUGGGUUCUGGGCCAGUAGAGCCAGGAUAAGAGGCUGUCACCUGCCUCAAGGACCCCAGGCUGGAUCAUUUUACAUGCAGGGUCUCAGAGUCCUAGAACCACAUGGCCGAAGUCUAGAAUUCUGGCACUUUGGAAUCUUAGGGCUGUGUAAUGCUACAAUUUGUGUCUUCUAAACAUUGACAGGGACCUCAGAGGUAAUGUGGGAAGCCUCAUGAGCUGUGUCAACAAGGAGCACCCUCCCUCGAGGAGGAGCUCACUGCCUCCCCUCCUGGGAGCAUCCCUUUUGCUGUCAGAGAAAUCUGCCUGGGACUCCUUGACAGUCCCAGCUUUGCCUUGAGGCCAGGAGCACACCUCAUGCCAGGACAGCUCUUCACAGAGUUGUUGGCAGUGCACAAGCCUCCUUAUCUUCUCCCAGCAAAUUCCCUACCCCUUCACCCAGUCAUUCCUCAUGAGAAGGGGUUAAAUUCCGUUGAAGCAUUGCCAUCCGUCAGUGAUCUUCAAAGGGUGCUCUGCCAGUCCCGCAGGAUGAAAUAGUGAUGGUCUCUCUGACACAGGUUAGAGAACUGUGUCUCUAACAGGUCACACCCCUCCUCCCCCCAGUUCCAAAGACGUGUCCUCUGGUAAUGUAGCCUAAGACUGCAGUAAGUCCUGGCAAAUAAAACAUGCUACUAGCUGUGGUUCACUGUCAGCAAAACUCUUUGAGGAUUUUAGAUGAGAGCUGAUGCUAAGCUAAAUAUCAACUAGUUGUCAAAAAUUAACUAAUUGAGUACCUAAUGUAUGCCAAUUGACAUUUAACCUCAGUGCCAUUUACUGAUUCCCAUUAAAUGUUGUCUCUGAGUAGCUCCCCUUCUUGCAGCCUGUCAGUGGCCUGUGGCUUUAAGGGAUUAUCGGCAGGUCCCCAGGGCCCCCAGCCUCCUCUGCAAAUCCAGCCAUUCAUUUAGUCUCUACUGAGUACAACUUUGCCAGUCCUAGAAAAGCUAAUGACCCAGGGGAGAAAUCAUAUUCAGUUAAGUUCCAGAGAAAAGAAGUCUCAGGAAAGAGGUGA